GCCUGAGCCAAUGGGAAGGCCGCAUACUGCGGGGUGUGAUGGGGCUGGAGCCGCUGAAGAGUUGCGAGUCGGCGAAAGCGGCGGGAAGUUCGUAUUGAGCAGCUGGUGACGGGUCUGCGGCUCGGGAAAUCCUCUGAAAAGGAACAAGGAGAUUGAGACACAUCGAUUUCAUAUUCUCUGAAACUCGGAGACUUCUUUUACUCUGAACCAGAAAUGAAAAUGCCUCGUGUAAAAGCAGCUCAAGCUGGAAGACAGGGCCCUGCAAAGAGACAUCUUGCAGAACAUUUUGCAGCCGGGGAGAUAAUCACUGACAUGAACAAAAAGGAAUGGAAACUAGGAUCACCCAUUGGCCAAGGUGGCUUUGGUUGUAUAUAUCUUGCUGAUAAGAAGUCUUCAAAAUCGGUGGGCAGCGAUGCACCCUGUGUUGUAAAAGUGGAACCCAGUGACAAUGGACCUCUUUUUACUGAAUUAAAGUUCUACCAGCGAGCUGCCAAACCAGAGCAAAUUCAGAAAUGGAUUCGUACCCAUAAACUGAAGUACCUGGGUGUCCCUAAGUAUUGGGGGUCUGGUCUACAUGACAAAAAUGGAAAAAGUUACAGGUUUAUGAUAAUGGAUCGCUUUGGGAGUGACCUUCAGAAAAUAUAUGAAGCAAAUGCCAAAAGGUUUUCUCGGAAAACUGUCUUGCAGCUAAGCUUAAGAAUUCUGGAUAUUCUGGAAUAUAUUCACGAGCAUGAGUACGUACACGGAGAUAUCAAGGCCUCAAAUCUUCUUCUCAGCUACAAGAAUCCUGACCAGGUGUACUUGGUAGAUUAUGGCCUUGCUUAUCGGUACUGCCCAGAAGGAAUUCAUAAAGAAUACAAAGAAGACCCCAAAAGAUGUCACGAUGGCACGAUUGAAUUCACCAGCAUCGACGCGCACAAUGGUGUGGCCCCAUCAAGACGCGGUGACUUGGAAAUCCUUGGUUAUUGCAUGAUCCAGUGGCUUAGCGGCCAUCUUCCUUGGGAGGAUAAUUUGAAAGAUCCCAACUAUGUUAGAGAUUCCAAAAUUAGAUACAGAGAAAAUAUUGCAGGUUUGAUGGACAAAUGUUUUCCUGAGAAGAGCAAGCCAGAUGAAAUUGCUAAGUACAUGGAAACAGUGAAAUUACUGGAUUAUGCCGAAAAACCUCUUUAUCAACAGUUACGAGAUAUUCUUUUGCAAGGACUGAAAGCUGUAGGAAGUGAGGAUGACAGCAGGCUGGACCUCAGUGUUGUGGAGAACGGAAGUUUGAAAGCAAAAGCGAUAACAAAGAAGAGAAAGAAAGAAAUAGAGCGGAGCACAGAACCUGGUGUUGAAGAUAUGGAAUGCUCAGAUACACAGACAUUCGAGGCCCCACAAACCCGUUCGAAAACCAGGAAGAGAGUCCAGAAGUAAAUCAAAUACUGUGAACCAGUUUUUCUUUUCCUUUCAUUUGACUCUUUCCUCUUUUUCUGUAUUAAGUGUUUUAUUUUCAUGUGAGUCUUGUGGAGUGGGGGAAACAAUGAAGUACCUAUGUCUUUGAAAAGCAGACUUUUUUUUUAAAUACUUUGUAGAAUUUACUAAAGCCUAAUUUAUAAAAUUUCACAGUAUUAAAGUUAUACCCCUUGAGCUGUC